CAGUCCAAGAACUUGUUCUGUUGUUGUUAAUUUAUCUUCCCAUGUCUGACGACCACACAAAACACCAAAAAUCCUUCCCACAAAAAAUGUCUGAAUUCAUGAAACUAAAGUUGACAUUUUUCAAUCUUCUAUUGAAUUUAUGUCUAAGUUGUACAGUUGAAUCAAGGUGUCAAAAUACAUAUACAUGUAAUUUAGCCUUAGUUUCAUACAAUGUAUUACCAGGUGAUUCACUUACAGAAAUAUCAAAUUAUUUCAACAAUUCUACCAUGGCCAUCAUUGAUGACAUUGUUAGCUACAAUCCGACUCGAAUUCAAAACAAAGACUUUAUUGAGGCGAGUACUCGAAUUCAAGUACCAAUUCCAUGUGGGUGUGUGAAUGAUACAUUUCUCGGUCAUAUUUUUAGUUACACUUUCCAAAGGGGUGAUACAUAUGAAAAUGUUGCAAAAUACAACUUCUCCAAUCUUACAACGUCGAAUUGGAUUGAGCAGUUUAAUGGUUAUAGCAUAUAUAAUGUGCCUGAUGGAGCACUGGUUAAUGUGCCUGUUAAUUGUUCAUGUGGAGAUAGUAGAGUUUCUAUGGAAUAUGGGUUGUUUGUUACUUAUCCGCUUCAACUUGGUGAAACUUUGAAUUCUAUUUCUCAACAGUUCAAUUUGAGUGAGACUUUGUUGCAGGGUUUUAAUCCGGGAGUGGAUUUUAAUGCUGGUACUGGUCUUGUUUAUAUUCCUGCAAAAGACACAAAUGGAAACUACCCACCACUGGUUAUAAGAAGAAGUGCUUCAGGGCUUGCUGUUGGAGUCAUUGCUGGUAUAUGCUUAGCAGCAGUUGGAUUGAUUGUUCUGUCCGUUUGGUUUUAUCUUAGAUGCAAGAAAAAUAAAAGUAUGAAACAGGCUUCACCAUCCGAGAAACCUGGAUAUCAGUUAGCACAUUCAAGUUCCUUCAGUGAAGGUGGACAUACAGGUGGUGAUUCAGGUAUAUAUAUGGGCAAUUCUACAGAGUUCUCUUACAAAGAGCUUGCAAAAGCGACAGAUAAUUUCAAGAGCAGUAAUAGGAUAGGUGCAGGUGGAUUUGGAGAAGUCUUCUUGGCAGAGCUCAGAGGCGAGAAAGCAGCAAUCAAGAAGAUGGAUAUGCAAGCCUCAAGGGAGUUUUUGGCUGAGUUGCAGGUCUUAACUCGUGUUCAUCAUUUGCAUCUGGUCCGCUUGCUUGGAUAUUGUGUGGAAGGUUCACUCUUUCUGGUAUAUGAGUUCAUUGAAAAUGGGAACUUAAGUGAACAUCUGCGCAGCUCAGAAAAAGAUCCAUUGCCAUGGCCCACCAGAGUACAAAUUGCCCUUGAUUCAGCAAGAGGUCUUGAGUAUAUUCAUGAACACACUAAUCCUGUGUACAUUCAUCGUGAUAUUAAACCAGCAAACAUAUUGAUAAGCAACAACUUCCGAGCCAAGGUUGCAGAUUUUGGAUUGGCAAAGCUGGCAGAAGUUGGAAAUUCUACUUUGCCAACUCGCCUUGUUGGGACAUUUGGAUACAUGCCACCGGAGUACGCUCAAUAUGGUGAAGUGACGCCCAAGAUAGACGUGUUUGCAUUUGGAGUAGUUCUCUAUGAACUUAUAUCAGCAAAAGCAGCUGUUGUCAGGGAAAGCAAAUCCGUUGCUGAAUCAAAGGGUCUUGUUGCUCUGUUUGAAGAUGUUCUGAAUCUUCCUGAUCCAAGUGAGAUAUGCAAGCUGGUUGAUCCUAGUCUUGGUGAUGAUUACUCGCUAGACGCAGUUCGUCAGGUGGCUGAACUUGCAAAAGUUUGUACUCAUGAAAACCCUCAGUUACGCCCUUGUAUGAAAUCAGUUGUAGUUGCUUUGAUGACUCUUUCAUCAGCAACUGAAGCCUGGGAUAUUGAUUCUUUUUACAAAAGUAAUGGACUUCUAAAGCAGGUGUCUGGAAGAUAAACAACUAACAAAUUAAACUGCCAUGGCCCCUAUGAUUGAUAUGAGUUUUAAGGGAAUGCUAUUGAAUUUUUAUGUAAAUGUACAAGUAACGUCACAUGUAAAUUUGUUACAACUUAUGUAUGCCUGGUAGAAAUGCAUUACAUGGACAUUGUAAUGAGAUAUUUCAUGUAGCAUCAUUUUUAUUCUUUCUCAUAUUUUAUGACCCUGAGAUGGAGAACAGGUUACCACUUUCCAAAAAAUCACAGCCUUUAGAGGAUAUCAUGUAAA